AAUGUUACUUUGAUGUUAUUACCCAUUUGCCAUCGAAAGAAAACCCAGAGAACAAGAGUGCAAAGUGUAAACAUUCGGCUAUGGCUGACGAGAGAGGUGGAGGCGACAACAACAACAUUGAGGAUAAUAUGGGAAACCAACUACAACUUCUGCCAGAAAACGAGGAGGAGGAGGAUGACUUGGAUAUGGAGGAUCGGGACAGUGAUGAAGCAGAAAAACCCAACAUCAUUAAUUUCGACCCCAGUCUGCCUACAUCACAUGCAUAUUUGGGCUCUGACAUGGAGGAGUUCCACGGGCGCACGCUGCAUGACGAGGAGAGCGUGCAGGUGCUGCCCGUGCUCCCUCACUCGGCCCUCAUGCUGAUCCCAGGUCAGACGGUCCCGCUGCAGCUCUUCCGGCCACACGAGGUCAGCAUGAUCCGCAACCUCAUCACCAGGGACCGCACCUUUGCAGUGCUCGCAUACAGUAGUGAGGUGGAUGCUGAGUUCGGCACUGGUGAGCAGAAGGCGGAGUUUGGAACCACAGCGGAGAUCUAUGCCUUCCGAGAGGAGCAGGAGUACGGCAUAGAGACCGUUAAGCUGAAGGCUGUCGGACGACAACGGUUCCGCGUUCAGGAACUCAGGACACAGGCAGACGGGAUUCGGCAAGCGAGGGUGCAGAUCCUUCCGGAACGAAUCCUUCCUGAUCCCCUGUGUGCGCUCCAGUUCCUGACGCGUCUUCAUAUACAUAAGCAGAGCCACCAUUUUGCCAGCAGUAGACAAAAGAAACGCUGUGCCAGUAUGACCCCUUGGCCUCCAUGGGUGUACGCACUUUAUGACUCUGACACACUCAUGACCCGAGUAAAGAGGCAGCUUCAUGAGUGGGAUGAGAACCUCAAAGACGAAUCCUUGCCUACAAAUGCUAUAGAUUUCUCCUACAGAGUGGCUGCUUGUUUGCCUAUAGAUGACGCCCUGCGGCUACAGCUGCUGAAGAUCGGCAGCCCCAUUCAGAGGCUACGCUGUGAACUUGACAUCAUGGACAGGUGCACAUCUCUUUGCUGUAAGCAGUGCCAAGACACAGAGAUCACCACCAAGAGUGAAAUCUUUAGUUUGUCGCUGUGUGGGCCCAUGGCAGCAUAUGUCAACCCCCAUGGCUACGUUCACGAGACGCUGACCGUCUAUAAAGCCAGCAACCUUAACCUGACUGGCCGACCCUCCACCCUGCAUAGCUGGUUCCCCGGGUACGCCUGGACCAUUGCACAGUGCCGGACGUGCGGCUCCCACAUGGGAUGGAAGUUCACGGCGGUGAAGAAGGACCUGACCCCCGCACGUUUCUGGGGCCUGACCCGCUCCGCCCUCUUGCCCACAAUCCCGCAGGGCGAGGAGGGCCUGGAGGGCUCCCGCGUGCUCUGCCUGUGACCCUGCCUACCGUCAUACCCGCUGACCUCCCAUGCACGUCUGCAAAUCAGUGUCGUUACUUAGUCCCACCCCUUUUAUUUGGCUUAGUGAUGUGCAUCUUGAUGACAUCCAUUGAUGACUGAAGUUUUUAUUUAUUAUCUUGGGAAAACAUGACUCGUAAGUUAUUCUCUCAUUUAUGAUUUGAAUGUGGGGGCAGCCCCAAUCCCAAAACGGAGGAGGCACACAGAGGCCGCAGGAAAGGAUGGGAGGAACUAUACUGACUUGCAGCCUACAACUCCAUAAUGGCCACAUUGCACAUGCAGUACAGUAGCUCUCCCUCCACAUCUCAUUCCACCUCUCUAAGAUGGCUCCAUUAUCGUGAGGACAAUCAGUGUACAGUUCAGACCAGAACUAGUCGGUAUCACUGGGACGAAAGGAAGGGAGAGGAGGGGAGGGGGAUGAUUUGUAAGGAUGAAGAGAGGGAAAUCGGUGUGAGUGCUGAGUGAAGGGGAAGUCAAUGAGGAAGAUAGAAGGGGGAGGAUUUAUAGUGUAUCAGAUAAUGCACAGUAUUCCUAGCCUGGUUUUCACCAGACGGUGUGUGUGUCCACCAGGGGGCGCCGACGCCACACACACACACCAGAGCCGUAUAAAAACCAGGCUACAGUAUUCCACCCAUAGACAUAGAUUAAUCCACCACCUGCCCCAGGAUUGCUAGUAUUUUGGUGAAACUUACCGUACUACAGUAUCAGACAUGCAGUGGAUUAUUUAUCCAUCAUACUUCUACACUCUUCAUGGGGUAUUAAAAAAAACGGGUUUAGUAACUUAACUUUAACUUAGAGAAAGUGGUAAACUUAAUAGGCCUAUCAGAGGGAGCCCUCUGACGAGUUUUGAUUGGGGAUAUAAGUCACACUAAAGUCUCCACUAUUAGUAACUUUAUGACUCACUCCAAGUUACCUUACCUUGGUCAGUACCACUUAUUGGAUCAUCUUAUUGGAUCGUUAGUAAGCCCACCCAUAUACAUGCAUGCAUGCGUGUCAGGGAUGUGCCAUGCUCAUAUCCACCCAAACUCUUUGCCAUUUAGUUAAAGUCACAUCACGUGAUUUGGUCUUCUGUCAUGAUGUUAAGGACAAAUUGUGAUGGGCAGUCCAGAGAAAUGUGGGAGGAAGGUUAGGCGUGGAUGGGAUUGGGGUGGGAUGGGACGGGACAGCUGAGCUCUGUGUUUAGUAGAGGCCUAUUAUAGGCCUUGCUCAAAUGGGGGACUUGCAGCAGACUGGGCUUUUUUAUAUGGAUGAUGUCUUUUCUGUAAUUAUUCUAUUUUUGUAUUUCUGUGAUGAGUGUUCAUUAGAGCCAAUUUGAUUGACUUUGACAAAUAGUUGGCCAGCACCAUACUAAUACAUAUCCUGAAGGAGCAUCAAGAAUCAACUCUGAAAUACAAAUGUGUACACAAAGAAUGUGGUACAGAUACUCACGUCAUAAAACUGCAUCACAGACUCAUGCUUCACUGUUGAAUUGUGUCUGAUUUUUGUGUGUGAAAAAGUCAUAAACCUAUGCUGAAAUGUU